AUGACUUUGGAAAAAUAAUAGGUCGGAGAUUUGUAUGGAGUUUCGGCUUAAACUAAAGAUAAUGAUCACAUAGUCUUACAAAUCUUAAUUAAAAUUUUCGAAAAAGAAAAUUUUUAGUUCAUCUAACUGCUUUGGAUAGGAGAUAUAUUUAGUGUGGAUCAAAUUCUCUUCAUUUGCUAGUUUGGAUGAAAAUUGAUUUUAGGGAAUAAAAUUUUGAGAAUAUCAGGAUUAGAGAUACCUCAUUAGUUGGGGGAAAUUUGUAAGAUGCAUAUUCAAUGGAUCAGAAUUUGACAAUGUAGAUAUAAGUGGAAUGAACUUGAAUUAAUCUUAAAUGGUUAGUUGUAAAUGGAAAAAUAUCAAAAUUCAUGAGUUAAAUAUAUUAGAUGCUCAUGAGGAAAUUAUCAAUUAGGAAUGCUUAUCUCCAGAUGGUUAGUCAUUAGCUUCUUGUAGUGAGAAUAAUUUGAUUAUAUUGUUGGAUGUUAAAACAGGAAAAAUUAAGUCUAGAAUCAAGGAAAAGGAAAAAGUAAAAUCAGUAUGCUUCUCACCAAAUAAUAAUACAUUAAUUUUCAGCAAAGGAGAAUUUGUGUAUUUAUGGAAUCUUUAAACAGGCAAAUAACAAGCCAAAUUAGAUGGUCAUUCAAGUAAUGUUAUUUCAAUUUGUUACUCUCCUGAUAGUACUACAUUAGCAUCUGGUAGUUCAGAUAAAUCUCUAUCCGUUUAUGGGAUGUCAAGACAGGAUAAUAAAAAGCCAAAUUAGAUGGUCAUUCAUGUGCAGUUAAUUCAAUUUGUUAUUCUCCUGAUGGAAAUACAUUAGCAUCUGGUAGUUGGGAUUAUUCAAUCCGUUUAUGGGAUGUUAAAAUAGGAUAAUAAAAAGCCAAUUAGAUGGUCAUUCAUCAACAGUUUAUUCAGUCAAUUUCUCCCCUGAUGGAAAUACAUUAGUUUCUGGUAGUGAUGAUCACUCUAUUCGACUUUGGAAUGUACAAACAUCAAAGGAAAUACUUCAAUCAAAUAGUAGCUAUAAAGAUUUGCUUGCCUAGUUUAACACACCUCUUCAGAAUAACUCCUUAUUGCCAAAUUGUAUGUAUUAUUAAUUAUUUUUAGUUAAUCCUUAUUGUACUAUACUUGUAAUCUGUUAGAAUCCUUGGUUAGAAGCAUCAGGAACACUUAUCUUAUAAGGACAAUUCAUUAAUUAUUAAGGGAUAGAUUUAAAACCAUUGUUUAAAUCCAAAGGAAAUUGUUUUUUAGAGAACUUAUAGUAAAAGUGA